AUGCUUCUUAUCGAAUCAUAUGCCUCAAAUAAUAUUGCUUGUUCGUUGGAUGGAGUACCUUGUAACGAGUUCGAAGUGCCAAUGAGCGUCCCAAAGUACGAUCUUACACUAGUCGUACAACAUAAUAUCAUAGAUAAUCAUAUUAUAUGCAAAUGGGAAUAUUCAACUCAGUUUUUCGAUGAAGCAAGUAUUGGCGUAGUUUCUGAUCGCUUCGUCUCUUUACUUACUCAAGUGGCUGAUAAACAAAAACAACAACAAUUCCUCAAUACUCUUCAUAUUCUUCAGUCACAUGAACAGAAGAUGUUACAUACACUCAACGAUACUCACGUUGACUAUGAUGAAGGUUAUAGAUCUUGUAUUGCUGGAUUGUUUGAUGCAAAUGCACAACAAGAUCCAACGCGAAUAUGUGUUGCACUUGAUGAUACAAGACUUACUUAUGCACAGAUGCGUGAUUACUCGAAUCAACUUGCUGAUUAUCUUGUCAAUCAAUGUGGCGUGCAACCCGGCGAUAUUGUCAUGCAAUGUGUUCAACGCAGUAUUGACAUGGUCAUUGGUAUUUUGGCAAUUCUCAAAGCGCAUGCCACCUAUUGUGCACUUAAUCCAGAUCAUCCUACCAAUCGUCAUAUGACUCUUGUUGAUGACACGCACACUCAUUUUAUUUUGUGUAAUGAUGGUACACGCGCAGCUUUUUUAUGGACAUUAUUAAAUAAACCGCCGAUUACACUCAUCAAUAUUUCUACGUUUUUGCUUCAAAGUUCGGUGAGAAAAUCAUACUCUCAUACGCAAAUGCCGAAUAAACCAGACGAUCGUGCCUAUAUCGUCUUUACCUCUGGUUCGACGGGUAAACCGAAGGCUGUACCGAUUCGUCACUAUAACUUUAUUGCUUGUGUUCGCGCAUGCCAACAUUUAAAAAUAUUUGGUUUUACAAAAGAAACGACAUUGCAGACUAGUCAAUGCUCGUUUGAUGUACACGUAUUUGAAAUAUUGGCCACUAUGGUUACGGGUGGUACAUUGAUUAUGCUUAAGCCAUUUGGUCAUAUGGACAUGGAUUAUGUAUCACGCACGAUUGCUGAGAAACAUGUCACAUGGACGAUUCUUACACCGACUAUCACUGCAUUUCUUGUUCAAUUUCUUCAAGAUAAUCCAGACUCGGUUGUUCGUAUGCAAUCAUUACGUAUCUUCGGAUCAAUAGGUGCGUAA